AUGGAGCCGGAGCCGCCGGAGACGGCGACCGGCUCGCUUUCCUCGAGAGGGGAGGGCCCCUUGUCGCCGCACGAGGAGGGCGACCCCACCGCCGAUUUGCGCUCCUCCUCCUCCUCCUCCUCCUCCUCCGGCGAGGAGUGCUUCCUCAGCGGCGAGGAUGAGCCCGAGUUCGACACCGCCUCCGAGCAGGCCUUCUCGCCGGAGGACGAGCUCGGCGGCGACGUUGUCUACUCCGAUUUCCCCGGCGGCGCCACCUCCGUGCCGAAGGCGAGAGUCUCCGAGGAGGAGGAAGAUGUCGCCGAUGAGUACGACUCGCCGCCGCUGCCGCUAGGGGAGGGGACGAGCUUGGAGGGAUCUCCAGAGCUUCUAUCCGACUCCAUGGCGGCGGAGGUGGAGGAGGGUGGCGGUGGAAAGGAUCUCGACGAGGGCGAAGAGAAGAAGCCGGAGGAGUUGAAAGCUGCUGGAGCAAAAACGGAAGGUGGAGAUGACACUGAAACGAUGAUAGCUGUUCCUGUUGAUGCUGCGGGAUCUCGUCCCUCUGAAGCAGAGGCAAGUUCUUCUGGCUGUGGCGAGGUAGAGGAAGAGAAGCCGCUAGCCGAGGAGGAUGAACCACCACUGGCUGUUGAUUCUGGAGAUCUUGUGCUUUCAAUCAAGGAGGUCGCCGAGGAGAAUGAAGCACAAGCGGCUGUUGAUUCUGGAGACCGUGAGCUUUCGAUUAAGGAGGUUGCCGAGGAGAAUGAAGCAUCAGCGGCUGCUGAUUCUGGAGAUCGUGAACUUUCGAUCGAGGAGGUUGCCGAGGAGGAACGAGAUGAGGUUGAGCAAGAUCUGUCAGAGGAUCGCGAGGCCAAUUCCGGUGCUGGUUCUUUUGAUGAGGUCAAAACUCGGGAACAGGAAGAGGAGCUCGAAAGGAAUGGUGCGGCUCCAUUGCAGAAGUCCGAUCGUUUAGACCCCGAGGUUUCCUCUGAGGCGGCCAUGGCUUCCGGGGUAGUUGAUCUGAGUGAUGGAAUCCCCAUGAAUCCAAACGAGGGGGAAGAACAUGUUGCAGGAUCUACCGAUGAACAUCCGAAGCCCAGGCCAGAGAGCUCUGAGAAGCUCACGAAUCAACAAGCAGAAGGGGAGAUUGCUUCGGAUUCCGACGAAGCGGAGUCCGACGAGGAGGAAGAGGGGAAGGAGCCGUUCGAUCGGGCUGCACUGGCUUCUCUCCUGAAGGCGGUCACCGGCGAGUCCUCCUCCUCCUCCGCCACUGGCGGCGGCGGGGCCGCUGCUGGCUCUCCGGCAGGCUUAGGAUCCUCCGGUCCAUCUCUGAGACCAGCAGCUCCCCGCGGAGCCAGGCCAAUCCCGCCGCCCUCCCGGGACGUCGCCGCCGCCACCGACGCCGGAGAACCACAGAACGGGAUCAGCGAGGAGGAGCGGCAGUUGCAGGAGAAGAUCGAGGAAAUUAGGGUAAAGUUCCUGCGGCUCGUCCUCAGGCUCGGCCAUUCUCCCGAGGACAGGGUGGCGGCGCAGGUCCUCUACCGGCUCGGCCUCGCCGAGGGAAUCCGGCGGCGAAGCCAGAUCGGCCGUGCGGCGGCGGCGUUGUUCAGCUUCGAGAGCUCGAAGCAGGUGGCGUUGCGGCUGGAACAGGAAGGAGGAGACCAGCCUCUGCGAUUCUCCUGCAACAUCCUCGUUCUCGGGAAGACCGGAGUCGGCAAGAGCGCCACCAUAAACUCCAUCUUCGGCGAGGAGAGAGCCACCACGAGCGCGUUUGCUCCGGCAACGGCCUCCGUAAAGGAGAUCGUCGGCACCGUCGACGGCGUCCAGCUCCGGGUGGCCGACACCCCCGGCCUCAGAGCGCCUUCCAUGGCAGACCAGGCGGCGAACCAGAGGAUCUUGGCCGCCGUGAAGAGGUACACGAGGAGGUUCCCACCGGACAUCGUCCUCUACGUCGACCGGGUCGACUCGCCGCCUUGGGAUUCCGGCGACCUGCCGCUGCUCCGAUCGAUCGCCGCCGCUCUGGGCUCCUCCGUCUGGUUCAACGCCAUCAUCGCCCUCACCCACGCUGCCUCCACCCCGCCAGAGGGCCCCGCCGGAGGACCCAUGAGCUACGAGGUCUUCGUCGAUCAGAGGUCCCGAGCAGUGCAGCAGGGGAUCCGGCGGGUCUCCGGCGACAUGCGGCUGAUGAACCCGGUGGCGCUAGUGGAGAACCACCCGUCUUGCCGGAGGAACAGGGAAGGUCAGAGGGUGCUCCCCAAUGGGAUCAGCUGGAGGAACCAGCUGCUCCUUCUCUGCUACUCCUCGAAGAUAUUAUCAGAGGCCAACUCCGUCCUCAAGCUCCAGGAGGCUUCUCCGGCGAAGCUGUUCGGUGUCCGUCUCCGGUCGCCGCCGCUGCCCUUCUUUCUGUCCUCCCUUCUGCAGUCCAGGGACCAUCCGAAGAUCUCCAUGGACUCCGACGUGGAGGAGCUGGGUGGGUUGUCUGAUUCCGACGAGGAAGAUGAAGAAGGGGUCGACGAGUACGACCAGCUUCCGCCAUUCAAGCCCCUGAGGAAAGCUCAGAUCGCCAAGCUCACCAGAGCCCAGAGGAAGUCCUACUUCGACGAGUACGACUACCGAGUGAAGCUCCUGCAGAGGAAACAGCGCAAGGCGGAGCUUCGGAGGAUGAAGGAGAUGAAGAGGAGAGGAAAGACGGACCAGCAAGAGGAAGACGAAGAACAAGACCAGGACGCUGCUGCUCCGGCGACCAUUCCAGUGCCUCUGCCGGACAUGGUGCUGCCGCCGUCCUUCGACGGCGACGGCCCCGCGUACCUGUACAGGUUCCUCGAGCCGUCGUCGGAGCUGGUGGUGAGGCCGGUGCUUGACAGCCAUGGCUGGGAUCACGACAGCGGCUACGACAGCGUCAGCGUCGAGGACAGCCUCGCCGUCGCCGGCAGGUUUCCGGCUACCAUCGCCGCCCAGAUCACCAAGGACAAGAAGGACUUCAACAUCCAUCUGGACUCCUCCCUCUGCACUAGGCACGGCGAUGGCCGCCACUCGACCCUCGCCGGCGUUGACCUGCAGACAGUGGGGAAGCAGCUGGCCGUCAUCCUCAGAGGGGAGACCAGGUUCAGGAACUUGAGGAGGAAGAACCAGACCGCCGCCGGGAUGUGCCUCGCCGUCCUGGGGGAGACCGUUGCGGUGGGGAUGAAGGUGGAGGAUCGGCUCGCCGUGGGGAAGACGAUGGCCAUCGCCGGCAGUGGCGGCGCCGUCCGCGCGCAGGGGGAGACGGCGUACGGGCUCAACGUGGAGGUGCGGCUGCGGGAGGCAGAGGACUUCGGCGGCGGUGGCGCCGCCAGCUUGGGGUUGUCCCUCAUGCGGUGGCGCCGCGACCUGGCGGUGGGGGGAAACUUGCAGAGCCAGUUCUCCGUGGGCCGGAGGACAAAGAUGGUGGCCCGGAUUGGAAUGAACAACAAGCUCAGCGGGCAGAUCACACUGAGGACGAGCACCUCCGAUGAGCUCCACCAGAUCGGCCUCCUCGGCCUCCUCCCCGUCGCUCUGUACCUCUACCGGACCGUCGUCGGCGUCGGCGAGCCCUUCUGA